AGAGAGAGAGAGAGAGAGAGCACUCUACCACUUUUAUACGCUGCACGCAUCCAUCUUGAGAAAACACAACCAAACAAAGAGUGUUCCACACAGAGAAAACACAACCAAACAAACCAACAAGGAUUUAUCACAUUCAUUCAUUCAUGGCUUUCUCUCUUCACUACCACAACCAUUUGGAGCCAAAUACAAAAAAUCCAUAGAGAUUAGAUGAAGGCCAUGCCCUUGUCCCCUUUUGAGGAAUUUCAAGGGAAGAAGGGUGUGUUGUUGGAUUUCACCUCAUCCUCAGAUUCAUUCUCACUGCUUUUACAUCAUCAUCAUCAUCAGAAUCAGCCACAAAAGUGGACCUGCAGUGACAAAAAGGAGGAUUUUUGCUAUGUGGGCAGCACUGAGCCCAACUCUGUUCUUGACUCCAGAAGAAGCCCAACCUCUCCUACCUCCUUCUCCACAAUGUCCUCCUCUCUUGGCAGCAGCAGCAGCAACAGCUCCGGCAACGGUGGUGGUGGUGGCUCAGCCAACACCACCGCCACAGCAGUGCCAACUGUCUCAGAGAAUCUUCCUCAUGAAGACUGGGAUGGUCAAGAUCAAUCUCUUCUGAGACUAAUCAUGGGUGAUGUUGAAGACCCAUCUGCAGGAUUGACCAAGCUCUUGCAAAGCACUGGUUGUGGGUCUCAAAAUGUUGAUUUCAGUGGAAAUUUUGGUGUUGUGGAUCAAGGGUUGAACAUGGAAAGUGAUAUCAACUCUUCUAUGCCAGAGAGUUACAAUUACCCUGGUUUUGGAUUCAAUUCUGGGAACAUGGAUGCUCACAAUGCUAAGGUUUCAGAAUCCAUGUUCUCUUCUUCAGGUAAUAUGAACAAUCCUCUUUUGGUGUCAUCAUCUCCUGGUGGAUUCAGUUCUCAGCAGCAGGAGUUUGGGGUAGUGGGUGAGAAGCCUCAGGUUAUCAACCCACAGUUUCUGUUAAACCAGAACCAAGUUCAAUUCUCUGAGAAUCCCUCUUUCUUUGUGCCAUUGAGGUACCCUCAAGUGCAAGAGCAGCAAGUUUUCUCUCAGCACAUGGUUGGGCACAAUUAUCAGGCUCCAAGGUUACCCCUUUUGGGUUCUGGACAAGAGAUGUUUGUUAAAAGGCCUCAGACACAGGUUCCACUGUUUCCUCACCAUAUCCAACAACAGCAAUCAUUGGUUGUUGCUCCUUCUGGUAAACAGCAGAAGGUGAAUCCUACCGGAGACGAUGCAAAUCACCAGCUCCAGCAGGCUAUCUUUGAUCAGCUAUACAAGACUGCUGAACUGAUAGAAGCUGGUAAUCCGGUUCAAGCACAAGGGAUAUUGGCGCGGCUCAAUCACCAGCUCUUCCCUACUGGUAAGCCUUUUCAGAGGGCUGCUUUCUAUAUGAAGGAGGCCUUGCAGUUAAUGCUUCAUUCAAACAUUCAUAAUUUGAUGGCUUUCUCACCUAUUAGUUUCAUAUUUAAAAUUGGUGCUUAUAAAUCGUUUUCUGAGAUAUCACCGGUUCUUCAGUUUGCCAAUUUUACUUGCAAUCAAUCCCUCAUCGAGGCUUUGGAAAGGUUUGAUCGGAUUCAUAUUAUUGAUUUCGAUAUCGGGUUCGGAGUGCAAUGGUCCUCUUUUAUGCAAGAGCUUGCCUUCAGAAGUAGUGGAGCACCUUCACUUAAAGUCACUGCUGUUGUUUCGCCCACAACUUGCAAUGAGUUUGAGCUCAAUUUCACCUGUGACAAUUUGAAUCAAUAUGCGAAAGACAUUAACAUGUCAUUUGAGUUCAAUGUUUUGAACAUUGAAUCAUUGAACUCUCCUACUUGUCCCCUGCCUGUUCAUUUCUUUGAAAAUGAGGCUAUUGGUGUCAAUAUGCCAAUCUCAAGUUUCACUAAUUACCCAUCAUUGUUUCCUUUAGCGGUUCAGUUUGUAAAACAGCUCAGGCCAAAAAUUGUUGUCACUUUGGACCGAAACUGUGAUCGUAUCGAUUUACCACUUCCCAACAACAUAGGCCAUGUUCUUCAAUGUUAUUCAGCUUUGCUUGAAUCAUUGGAUGCUGUAAAUGUGAACCAAGAUGUUCUUCAAAAGAUCGAGAGACAUUUCGUCCAACCAGCUAUAAAGAAAAUCGUACUGGGCCACCAUCAUUCGCAGGAGAAAUUAACUCCAUGGAGGAACCUGUUUCUUCAAUCUGGAUUCUCUCCAUUCACAUUCAGCAACUUCACAGAAGCUCAAGCUGAGUGUUUGGUACAGAGGGCGCCUGUGCGGGGAUUUCAAGUGGAAAGAAAACCCUCCUCUCUUGUUCUGUGCUGGCAGAGAAAAGAACUUAUCUCGGUUUCGACUUGGAGAUGCUGAUCAGCAACUAGCUUGUAUUUUAAAGGUGCUUGGUAACUUUGCAGUUUAUGUAAUUGUUUGUGUAAUUUAGGCUUAUUGAGGUGAUCCAUACCCAAAUGUUUUCUUAACUAAAUGGGUUGGAGUCUACGAUUCUAUAGUUUUAAUAGUAGUAUGUGACUUUGAAUAUGGGUGCUGAUUAACUGAUUAUGCUCUUCCCCACUUAAUCAUCUAAGAUGGGUAACUGUUUCUUUGUUAUCUUGAACACCAAGCAAAUUGCUUAGUAAGAAACGAACAAUUUAGCUAA